AGAGAGAGUGUGGGUGUGUAUGGGAAGUUACAAGGUAACAAGAAUCUGUGUGUAUGUGGGAAUGCUUUCAGGCAUAAGGUAAGACAUUUGUUAAUAGGAUUAAAAUGAUGAAAUAUAACAUUUCCAUAACAUAAUCCCUCCUGUUUAUCCGAAUAGGAUAACCAAACUAAAAGAAAGCAACAAGCAAAGAGCAAAUAAGUAAAAUUAUGAAGAACAAAUAAAAUAAUAAAACACGAUAAGGCAACACAACUGACAAUAACAUCAAACAGCAGUUUACAGAGAUACAAGUGAGAUAAUGGAGAUCAGUUAGCUCAACACCAACAUAAACUUAAGAAAAGCUAUUUCAUACAUAUUUAAGUGAAUUUACUGUAAUGCAACUGUUCUACAAUUUAUAGCAGUUCCUGUAAAAAGAUUGGGAAGGGUUAGCAAAACCAUAUAAAAUACAGAAAACAUCGAUAGAGUUUAUUGAAACAUCAAAUGAAUUUCAUUUAAAGCUUCAAGUUGCAGACAACUCUUUCUGUGAAUGAGGGAAAAUGAACGUGUAAUAUGAAUUUAUGCAGCUCUAACUAUGGCAGAAGCUGAGGCUAGUCAAGGGUUCUUCAUCAAAGGGCUUGUCCGUAGACUGAGAGUCCCGGUUGGAGAAUAGUUUGGAAGGUUAGAGUCCUCUUCAGUUGAUCAGGAUGGUUUCAGUCUCACGUUGGUGAGUUCCUUGAAGUACAGAUCCAGAAUGCAAGAAUGGAGAUCAGGAUGUGAGAGCUUACAGUUCAACUUCUCAAUAGGAAGACGUCAGGGUCCUUCCGUGGCGUGUUGAGAUGGUUGUCCAAUUGUCAGGGAGCUGAUCUUGUCUCCGGAAAGUCCUUUUGAUCCUUUGACCGUGGAACCAGGUUGGAGAUUGGGUACAGGUGAUUGAAGCAGUUAUCCUUUUCCAGCGUCUAUUCUUCGCUGUGUCCUGUCGUAGUUGCAUCCAGGGGGUCUUCAGCCGAGGUGGGUGCAGGUCACAUUGUCAUGUAGGUGUGCGGUCAGGGGGGAGCCCCGAUCCGUCGUUUCAGUUCCAGUUCUAGUACCCCCUCAGAUGCUGCUGACCCAGUCAUUCCAUCAGGUGCUGAGAGGCGGCCCAAGCGCAGAGCCAUAAACGUGCACCAACAUCAACAAUGUGGUGAAGCCAGCAAGCUUGAAGCAGAUCUUCGUCUUCAUCUUUAUCUUUAUCUUCCCUGGGGUUGAGACGUGGGACCCUAAAGUGGGACAGAUGAUUCCAAGAUGGCCUCUCAACAAUCUUCACAGCAGUAGGAGUGGUGAGGAGUACAUCGAAUGGACCAUCUCACCUCUGGCUGCCCUAUUGUCUUGUUCCAGCACCUUCAUCAGAACCCAAUUUCCUGGUUUCACAACCUGUGGGCGAAAAAGAACAAACUACUCGGUCACAGCCAACUCCCGUAUUGUCGUUGUGACGGCUGGAGUCCGUCAGCAGGAGGGGGAGAGCAGGCUCAACCUCGUCCAGCGGAACGUCAACAUAUUUAAGCACAUCGUCCCUCAGAUAGUUCGAUACAGCCCCGACUGCAUCAUCAUUGUUGUCUCCAACCCAGUGGAUGUUCUGACCUAUGUCACCUGGAAACUGAGCGGCCUUCCCAAACAUCGAGUCAUCGGCAGCGGCACCAACUUGGACUCUGCUCGCUUCCGCUUCCUGAUGGCCGACAAACUUGGGAUCCACUCCAGCAGCUUCAACGGGUGGAUCCUUGGGGAACACGGAGACACAAGUGUUCCUGUGUGGAGUGGAACCAACGUGGCUGGAGUCAACCUGCAGACCUUAAACCCAAACAUCGGCACCGACUUUGAUGAGGAGAACUGGAAACAGACUCACAAGAUGGUGGUGGACAGUGCCUACGAGGUCAUCAAACUGAAGGGCUACACCAACUGGGCCAUUGGGCUAAGCGUGGCUGACCUGACAGAGAGUCUCAUGAGGAACAUGAACAGAAUUCAUCCUAUCUCCACCAUGGUGAAGGGCAUGUAUGGGAUCAGUGACGAGGUGUACCUGAGUCUGCCCUGUGUGCUGAACAAUGGGGGCGUGGCCAGUGUCAUCAACAUGACCCUGACUGAUGACGAAGUGGCCCAGCUGCAGGCCAGUGCCAGCACGCUGUGGGACAUCCAGAGGAACCUGCGGGACAUCUGAACAACCGCAGGAUGGGUGUCUCCGCCCCACCUGUGUUGACUCACUGUGAUGGGUUUUUAAUCCCUCAGAUUUGACUGUAGUUGUCAGUUUGUUAAAGAAAAGACAAAAAGUGAUUUUUUUUUUCAGACUCAGAAGCUCUAAGACUGCUCGUUUCCACCAGUGAUGAAUGCUCUGAAAUGAAAUAAACACAUUUACUGAUG